AACAAUAAAUUUGUUGUGUCUGUGCAGUGUGUUGAGACUGUUGGGUGUUUCUUCGCCAUUUUCUUGUGAUUUUUCCAAUAAUUCUUAAAAUUUCCAUGAAAAUUAAUGACUCUUAAUAAUCAAAUGUAUUUACCGUGAACUAACCGCUUCAUAUAAACCUGGCAAUGCCAUAAAAAGAAAUUUGUGAGCCUCAUGAAGCAACAAAUUCGGUAAUUGAUAAGGGAUAAGAUCGUUCUAACAUGCCACUACCGAAGAGGCUUAUAGAACCAGUCCAUGUGACCAGAGGCACCCUGCCCGAAGAUUUGCCUCUACCAUCGGAACUCGAGGGAGUUACGAAUGGAACUUUAGCUAACACUGUCAGGCAACUCUCUUCGUUAUCUAGGCAUGCUGAAGACUUGUUUGGAGAACUGGCAAGGGAUGCCCAACAAAUCCAUGAUAGGUCCAAUUCCUUACAAGCUAGAAUUGACAGGUUAGCUGUCAAAGUUACCCAGUUAGACAGUACAGUAGAAGAAGUUAGUCUCCAAGAUAUUCACAUGAGAAAAGCGUUUAAGAGCGCCACCGUUUUUGAUCAACAGAUUUUUUCUCGAGCCACAAUGCCUACAGCCAUGCUAGAAACGUAUAAAUCCUGCGAUAGGCCGCCCCCAUUGGACAAACUGAAUUGUUAUAGAGACGACGGCAAGGACGGCCUUAAGUUCUAUACUGAUCCGAAUUACUUCUUUGAAUUGUGGAGACAGGAGAUGCUCAAUGAUACUGAAAGAGUGAUUCACGAUAAGGGCAAAAAUAGGGCGCACAAGGGUGGUGUUCUGGGAGGUGCAAGGCAAAGGAAAAGGGUGCGACAGCCUCACAAUACCAGGGAAGUACAUAAGCAAAGGGCAGCCGAGCAUGGAGAACACUUCAUGCCUCAAAAUUCAAUUUAUAGAACGCCUCAGCAAACGAAUCAAUAUCAGCACGAACCAGAUGGCUACGGUCAGGAUCAUCGGCCGCCCAGGCCCAAUUCUAUCGAAAUCAGACGGUCGUAUCAGCGUGAGGAAAUGCCAGACGGCAUGAAUUCUCCAUCGCUUCUUUACGUAAAUAAUACUCAAAUCAUAAAUAAUUAUGACGACCAAAAUGCUUACCAACAUGGAAUAUAUGGUAUCGGCCAAGGACCCAUGAGUUCUGAAUCGUUAUCUGGCACACCGACGCGAUCAAAAUCGCGUCCUAGUCAACCACCGCCAGCGCCUCCUUCGAAUCAGGGGACGCCGACCUCGACGCCCACGAGGGUGCGGGGGAUUCCCGCGGGAAGGGAGCAGCUGCCGCCCCCGCCUCCACCUCCCGAGGCCACCUCGCCUCCUCCGAACGGAAUUCCUCCUCACAUGAUGCAGCAUCGUAUGUCGGAAAGUCCGCACCGUUCCUCAUCGAUCACCUCCCCCGAUUUAUCGCACAUGUCGCCACCACUGAACCACUUACAAGAACUGCCGCCUCCGCCGCCGGUACCGCACGAACAAAUGAAGCAGGUUUCGCCGCCGAAACAAACGAACCCCGUAUCACCGCCUCCGCCGGCGGUCGUGGUACCGCCGCCGCCUCCACCGCCCCCGAUGCCCAUGAACAGCGUUCAUGCGCCCCCCGGCGCGCCCAUCAUGAAUGGCGAUUUAAUUAGGGCGCUCACCAGUCCGCCCAAAUUGACACCAGUUAAGGAUCGAGUGUUGGGCAAACUGGCGCCGCCUUUGGCCGAUCCUAGAAAUGAUUUGUUGAAGGCCAUAAGAGACGGCAUCACCUUACGAAAGGUUGAGAAAAACGAGCAACGACAAGAAAACGACCGAGGAGUGAACGGGCUCCACGACGUGGCGAGCAUACUCGCCAGACGAGUGGCGGUCGAGUUCAGUUCGGACUCUGGCAGUGACAGCGAGGCUGACUCGGAGGGCUGGGGCGAAAACGAGACAUCGGCGUGACAUAAAAGAAAACCCAGUGAAUUCAGCGAACAGGGGUACUAAAUUUCAUAUAAAUACACUCGCUUAAGUUGCAGUGUUCCCAAGCAAAUUUGGUGUGUAUUAAUUUUAUAUUUCUUGAUAAUAAUUCAUGGGCUCCGGAUAUCCGAGAUUUCACUUAUAUUGUGCUGUAAUAGUUUAGAUUCGAUAUUUUAGCCAAGCAAAUUGGUUUUUCAAUUAAAAUCUUGCUGUGCAGACAAUGGUAACUAAUUUAUUUGAUCGCUAUAGUAGGAUGUGGAAAUUUAGUUCAGUUUGAAGUUUCGUUUUUUUUUUUAGGUGCUAAUAGACACUAAAUAUGCAUUUUUAAAGUUUAAGAAUAUGAAUGGUGAUCACAUUGACCAGUGUCCAAUUAAAAAGUUAUUUAUAAGAGUUUCAA